AUGACUAUGAUAAGUCUGGAAAUGUUGGGCCGCGAGGCUCUACCUUUGGAAGGGAUGUAUCGGCGCGCUCGUCAAGAUGUCUUGACACCGCCGCGCGAUAGCCCGGAGUCUCAAAACAGCCGGCGGAACGGUAGUAACGCCGGGAACGUCGCGAGCUUCGACGGGGCUCCUCGCCGCGAGAUGCACCCCCUAGACCAACCGGCCGUGGAGCUUGGCUUGCCGCCCAAUUUGCCUGAAAUCCUCUACUCUUCGAUACCAAAGUGCGGAGGCUGCCAGGAAGCGAUUUUGGACAAGUACGUUCUGAGAGUGUUGGAGAGGUGUUGGCACGCUAGGUGUCUCACGUGCCGUGAUUGCGGCGCGAGAUUGACCGAUAAAUGUUUCGCAAGAAACGGCCAUGUUUUCUGCAAGGACGAUUUCUUCAAGCGUUUCGGGACGAAAUGCGCGGGCUGCGGCCAGGGACUGGCACCGUCGCAAGUCGUCCGCAGGGCGCAGGAACUCAUCUACCAUCUGACGUGCUUCUCGUGCGCCCUUUGCUCCCGGCAACUGGACACUGGCGACGAGUUCUAUCUCAUGGAAGACAGGAAGCUCGUUUGCAAGCCGGACUACGAGCAGGCAAAGGCGAAAGAUGAGAUGUAUGAAGACAUUUUAAACGACGUUUGCUCCGUCGAUAUUGCAGAACUGGCAGAGGGAAGCAUAGACGGCGACCAGCCAAAUAAAAGGCCGAGGACCACGAUCACAGCAAAGCAGUUGGAAACAUUAAAAUUAGCGUACAACACCAGCCCUAAGCCAGCGAGACACGUGCGGGAGCAACUUUCUCAGGACACAGGACUCGACAUGCGCGUCGUUCAAGUCUGGUUUCAAAACAGGAGAGCGAAAGAAAAGAGACUGAAGAAAGACGCGGGCAGAACAAGAUGGUCGCAAUACUUCAGAAGUAUGAAAGGCACAGGGACUGGUGGCCAUUCACCGAGGCACGAUAAACUUCUUGAUAAGGACGAGCUCAAGGUCGACUUGGACUCCACUUUCGGUCACCACGGUACGUAUCGAGCCGCUCUUAUUAUUAUGGUUAACACAUCCGCCACCGGCAUAAUCUUCGCCUUUCUAAUGCUCAUGUCACUGGUGAAAAUUCAAGAAAAUCUCAAGGCUAAUUGCCGAAAAUUUACCGACGUUUAAAACGGAGACGAAAAGAUUAGAAAAUUAGAAAGCUUCAAAUUAUUAUUAUAGUCUUGUAACGAUCUGUUGUUUGAGAAAUUUGAAGAAGUAGCAAAUGGAAAAGAAUAA